AUUAUAUUUCAUGACUUCUCUGAUUGGUCGAACUGAGCAAAGUCACGUGAUAUUGCCGGAUGUGAGCACUAUUCUUUAGAAGCAUCAUCACCAUUGUCAGGUGGUCCUUGUAGAGAAUCUUAAAAAUUCAAAGCUGAAUCUUUCCAAUUCUCUGAGGGAUAAAACGUUACACUAAUCCAUUUGUUUGAAAAUGUUUUGCGGAAAGAACAACGAGGACAUCAUCUGAAUCUAAACCUAAACUCCCUGCUGAAACCGCUAACCUCCCAACCGCAAAGUCCCGUUAUCUUUUCUCCGCCGCUAUGGACACCUUUCACAUCCAGCUCUUUGCUCUUGUACUGGCAGCCUGCUCGGCUCUCGGAGACCAGGAGGCAUCCGCUCAUGUCGACGGAGCUCCACCGUCAAAAAUAGCGGUGGUUGGAGCAGGGAUCGGAGGCAGUGCCACGGCCCAUUUCCUGCGCCAACACUUUGGCCCUGAGGUGCAGAUGGACGUUUUCGAGAAGGGCGAGGUCGGAGGCCGUCUCGCUACGGUGACCGUCAACAACAAUGACUACGAGUCUGGAGGCUCCAUCAUCCACUCCCUCAACCUCCACAUGCAGGAGUUUGUAAAGCAGCUGGGUUUGAAAUAUCGGCGGAAUGUGGCAGGAAAGACGGCGGUUUUUAAUGGGGAGGAGGUGAUUUUGGAGGAAACGGACUGGUACUUGCUGGAUCUGUUCCGCCUGUGGUGGCGUUAUGGAAUCAGUUUCAUACGCCUGCAAAUGUGGGUGGAGGAGAUCAUGGAGAAAUUUAUGAGCCAACAGCACACUUAUGUGUCUCUGUCUGAUACGUUAUGCACACGGUCGCUGGGAUGUUUAUCAGUUACCUGGCUGACUUUCGUUUUAUGGACAAAUGACAGGGUCUAUAAGUACCAGGCCCAUGGCUACGCCUUCAGCUCUGUGGAGGAACUCCUGAAUUCGCUCGGGGGCAGCGGCUUCAUCAACAUGACCAAGAGGCCUCUCUCUGAUUCGCUGCUGGAGCUGGGUGUGUCGCAGCGCUUCAUCGAUGAGGUCAUCGCACCCGUCAUGAGGAUCAACUACGGCCAGAACGUCAGCAUCCCUGCUUUUGUAGGCGCUGUUUCUUUAGCCGGUGCCCAGAACAACCUGUGGGCGGUAGAAGGAGGCAAUAAACUGGUGUGUUCCGGCCUGCUGAAGAUGGCCAACACAAAUCUCCUCCAGGCACAAGUCAACUCCAUCUCCCCCAUCCACGCCGGGGAAGCUCCGCAGUACCGGCUGAACUUCACCACAGCCGAGGGAAAGGGGUCAGAGCUCUACGACAUCGUGGUGUUGGCCACUCCGCUCCAGGACAGCGUCAUGUCCGGCCUCCAGCUGGAGGGCUUCACGCCGCCCGUCGACCAGCCGCCCGGCAGCUACCACAGCACCGUGGCGACCAUCGUGCACGGCUACAUCAACACGUCCCUCUUCGGAUUCCCGGACCCCCGCCUGUUCCCGUUCGCCAGCGUGCUGACGACCGAAACCCCGGACCUGUUCUUCAACAGCGUGGCCAGCGUUUGCCCCGUCAACAUCUCGGCGGGCUUCAGGAGGAAGCAGCCGCAGGAGGCCGGGGUCUACAAAGUGUUCUCCCAGCAGCCGCUGGACAAGUCGCAGCUCAAAACACUCUUCAGGUCUGCGGGUUUCUCUCCCUCUGAUUACAGCGACCAACAAGCAGCUGAGCCUCGGUCGUACUACUCGGUGCAGGUGACGGAGUGGCAGGCCUAUCCUCACUACGGCAGCAGCCAGGACCUGCCGCCGGUGGAGCUGCACCCCAACCUCUACUACCUCAACGGCAUCGAGUGGGCCGGCAGCGCCAUGGAGAUGAGCUCGGUGGCGGCCAAGAACAUCGCUCUGCUGGCCUACCACCGCUGGAACAGACAGACGGACAUGGUGGACCAGAAGGACCUGAUGCACCGGAUCAAGACUGAGCUAUGAUCCUGCCGGCCGAGGGGGUUUGCUUUCAGUGUUUCCAGCCGGAGUUUUCGUUUGUUUCUUUUGGCUUUCUCAGUUCGACCUGAAACCCGACGCUAAACCGGCCGCAGACGCCUAAAGCUUAAAGAAUCGCUGAAAUUUCACCGAGCCAUUCCAUCCUCAUGAAACCCAGCCGUAGGUGAACAUAACCAGAUCUGCGGUUCUGUGCGGAACUGGGCUAAGUCUUCGACAUAACGGCGCCUUUGAGCACCAGAGUAGUCCAGCACUGAUGUCCAAAGUCCUGUUUCAUUUAGCCGGCCGUGUCGUGGUCAGAGCUGCUGCCGUGUCGGUUGCAGAUCUGCAGGCGGUGCCGAAAAAUUAAAAGUUUCUUUGGCCAAAGAAAAACGAACACCGAGCUCCCAGUAAACGUAUGUACUACGUCUCAGUAAAAGCAAGUGAAUCGUUAGAAGACUGCUUCUCUAGUCGUAGGUAUGAUAAAUGAACAACAUUAAUGUCUCUGUUUAUGAGGUCAGGGGUACUGUAGUGUAAAUAAAUCCAAAACAGGAGAACGCUGAUAAAGGGUUUGAAAGAAACCAGUGCGUUUAAUUACUCUGUUGUUAAAUGUCAGGACUGUAAUGGACCUUCUGUCUGCAGCGUUGAGAUUUCUAAGUAUUCUCUGUUGUGCCCAAUCCCUUUUUUUUUCUCUUUUCAUUUGAAAAUUAAUAAAAUAAUUAUGUGGUGACUCAGACACAGUGGUGGCCAAUGGUGCUAUGCACUAUUGGCUCUUUCAUCAGACUUUUCAUUAUCUCCCCUUCCUGCUGCUAUUGUUGCGUAAUCCAGCGGAAAGAAUUUUUCGCAGGAAGUGGAGCCAACUAGCUUUCAUGCUGGCCUGGAAAGAAAAAGAGAGGACGGAUCUGUUGCUGCUGCUGCUGCUGGUCAUCAUGGUUCUUUUGUCUUAAGCAUGAAAGCCACACAGAGCUCUUUCUUUUUGUAAUAAAGGCUGCUAUCUUGUAAAAUAAAAACGUAAGUGAGGAGCGAUUAGGCCGUUCACUUCUAGAUGUUAGAAUAACUUUGAUGAAUGUUGUUUGUUUUCUGGUGUUCCGACUGAUUUCUGGGUCCCAAUAAGUUUUCCUGAAAGCCUUGUGACUACAAAGGGCUUUGGAUGAUGGAUAAUGUGAUUGGGUCUUGUGAUGAGAAACAACCACGUCCCGUUUAAUCUAAUGAAAUUGUUUUUAGGCACUGUGGUGGCAUCAGACACUGCAGUGAAUUAGCUAAAAUGAUUUUAGUCCAAUUCUGAACAGCUGUCUUUUCUUUCUUUUUUUCCCCCCAUUGAAAUCCAGUGUAGUCUUCUAGAAGAAUAAACAUGAAGGAGCAGUGAAAUAUGUAUCAUUAUAUUACCCACCAACUGCAAGCAAGUGUGUUUUUUAGUGAUUAAUACAGUUUGACACAUUAGCUUAUUUUCUGUCAUAUUAAUUUGCAUUGUUCACAAAGUCAUGAAGAGUGCAUGAUAAAGCUUGAUAUUAAACAGCUGGCAUAAUACAAGUAAAACAACUCAAGUGUUGCACAUUUGAAGCAGGAUACUCCUAAAAUUUCUGUUCUGAGGUCAUAUAUUUCAGCAAUGUCCUAUAACCCAGUAGUGACUGCAUUUCUCUGCAGACGUCUCCCUCUGCUCUUCUUUUUGUUGGAUUCAUGGUAACGUUUUUGGAGGACAGUGUGUAAUGCAGGAAGAAUGUUACAGGCUGAAGGUGAGGAUUAAUAAAAACAGUUAGCAGGUGAAGUUUGUGUCUCCCCUCUGUCAAAUGUAACAUUUGAAGAUGCACGCAUGUUCAGAAUCUGUAGGCAGACUUCAUCAGACGGGGUGUUUAUGAUUUAGGGAAAAUUUAGAUAUUUUUACCUGAUUCUGGUCCUUUUUUUUCCCUCUAACGUCCAGCCUGUUUGAGAUGUUUCUGUCUGCUUCAGCACGGCUUAUUCAAAGUAACAUGUAAACACGCUCUUAUUGACUUACUGAGGUGUUCUAAUAUUUUAUUUGCAAGGAGAUGAGAAAGUGUGACUUGCCAAAUAUUCGCAACUUUUGUGGAGGCUUUCUUAGCUUCCGAAAAAUGAUUAUAGCUAUUAUUAACAAACGAAAGUAGACAGAAGUGACACAUACAUAAUGAUACCCAUUGUGUUGGAUAAUACACAUUGUGCUGGGUCAUAUCUAAACAAUGUCAGCCAACAUGUUAAAUCAAUUCUUUGAACUAAACAAUUUAACAAUUUAAGAUUUUCAAAAUCGCUCUUUGAGUUUUGUAUUUCUGUCCUGAUUUUAAAAUCUUUCACUAAUGAUAUCCUCCCACUCUCUAGAGUCUUUCAGGUAAUGCCUAUUCUGAGCUAAUAGUUACACAACUGGUGGGCAAACUGACUUUGACUCAUUUCCUUUUUCCGUUGUGAAUAAAAGGAGUAAGAACAUGGUGUUUUCACGUGGCUCUCCAUAUAUUGCAUCAUCUUAACUUGUCAAAAUGAUUUAGACAAAUUAUUUGGACAAAAGUUUGGUCCUUUCACAGUG